AGGGGCACAAUGACAUGUUAACUUGUUGCUUUCCAGCAUCCAGCUCCUCGUGGCCGGGCGGCUCCUCCACCAUUACUAGGCCCGGCCUAUGUGUGCACAGACAGGAAGCCGCCAUGCAGGGUGAGGAGGUGAGCGGGCUGAGUGACGAGCUGCCGCGGGAGGUCGGCUCGCUCUUCUCGGACACGUACACGGAGGAGAGCCGCUACACGUUCUGCGGCCGGGAGCUGCGCAUCACCCAGCAUUUUGGAGGCACCCUCGGGGUAGCGGCGCCGGUGUGGGACGCGGCGCUGUAUCUGUGCACCUUCCUAGAAGAAGAGAAGCUGAAUGUCAAAGGAAAAAGAGUCAUUGAGCUGGGUGCUGGGACCGGCAUAGUGGGCAUACUGGUGUCAUUACUUGGUGGCCAUGUAACUGUGACAGAUCUUCCACAUGUGCUGCCACAGAUCAGGAAGAAUGUAUCGGCCAAUGUCCCCUUGGAUCACCUUCCUAAUGUCUGUGCAUUGUCAUGGGGAUUUGACCACACACACUUUCCUCAAGACUAUGAUUUUAUCUUUGGAGCAGACAUUGUAUAUUUGAAGGAAACGUACGAUCUUCUGGUCCAGACGUUGCAGCAUCUUUGUGGUCCUCGGACAACCGUGUUUCUGUCUUCGGAAAUGAGAAAGGAGCACGGCACCAUGGACUUUUUCCAGAACAUCCUACCUCAGUAUUUUAAGGUAGAGCUUGUGAAGAGGGACCCAGAAGACAACAACAUAAAUAUCUACAGAGUGACUUGCUUCCAAAACUGAUCUGAAGCGGAGGCAGCCCCUUUAAUGCUUACAUGAACACCGAUGGCCAAUUACAUUCCCUUUUUCUCCUUUUUAUUCCAUUGUGUAUUUUUAUAUACAUAUAUUUUUAAAAUUUCUUCUAUCUUUUUCAUAGUACAGAGAAAUGACCAAAGAGAAAUGCUGCACCUUGUUGUUAAGGGUACGACCACACGGCGAGGUUGUGGCGCGGCUCUAAUUAGACUCCCGAAGACCGGACUGAUAAGUCGGUCUGCAUUGUUAAUGGCUGUGCGGUAUUCAAGGUGCCACGCAGACGGUAACGAUGCAGACCGGCCAAACGGUGCAGUCCUCACUAGUUUAAUCAAGGCCCGUACAGGCGUGCGGGACUGGACCACGGGCAGGCCGCGUCGCAGCCGUGACACCACUUUGCCCUGUGGUUGUACCCCAAUUGUUUCUGAUAAUAAAAUAUACUAGAAAUUUGUAUAACA